GAAGAAGUAGGCCAAAGUGGUGAAGCUUCCUCGUAGAGCGGUGAUCCGGUUCACUGUCCUCCGUCUUCUGGAUUGGUGGUUAUCAUGGUGAACUAACUUUUUUGAACACUACUGAUCUGUUCACGACAAGAUGCGGUGGUUGGUGUUCUCUAUCCUGCUACUGACAACAGUUGCUCAGAGAGAUCGAAGGCAAGUAACAUACCAAGCAGAAGGAGGCAAUCAAGAAAUUGAAAAGCUCAACGAUGAACUUUCUAUACGUCCAGUUACAAGAAAGCCAUUACCUUUACAAGUUGUGUAUCCAGGUGAUUUAAGCAGUUUCUUUACAACAGAAUCUGUAGAUGAAUCAGAAAAUAAUAUUGUUAAUGUAUCGUCUAACCAAUAUGAAACAAAGCAGCGGGUUAAGAGAAAUAUGUAUGAAAGGGAAUUUUCGAAGGUAAAACACAAACCAAUGUUAGCCCAAGAAAGCAGGCCUUCUUCUGUUUCGAUAAUGAAUGAUAUUCCUGUCGAAAUGUCAUUUGAUGGUGCUGGUUUUCUGCGUUAUGAAGAGGAUUCAGAUGAAGACUCUCGAUAUCCAAAACACAGAAACUCUGGAUCAAGGCAAAGAAAAAUUAUAAAAGACAACGACUUCAGAGCUGCAAUUAAUACUUCUAAUGUGCCUAGGAAAGUAAAAUAUGAUGAUGAAAUGGCUUAUCAAAACGAAAAAACACCUGAUAAUUUCUUCGAAGAAAAAUUACCUCAGAGCACAGAACAUGGAACUCCUUAUUCUGUUGAUUUUAUGACAGCAUUUCAACAUGGCAUGUUUUCCAAUAUCAAUCAAGCUAAUCAAGCUACUUACCCUACUCAAAUACCGCAACAGACAGCGUAUGAUCCUUUCCAGUUUUAUCAAAAUAUGUUUAAUGCCCAAGCAAACAACCCAAAUCCGGUGAUUCCCCAAAAUCCUCAACAGGAAUCUUUCUUGCAAAACCACAGAUUUCCUGGCUUGUCAAACACUGACGCUAUGUAUUCACAAAUUCCACAACAAAAUCUUCCAAUAGACACAACACACAACAUUAACAUGCAGCAAUACCAAAAGAAGCAAAGACGGAAACGAUCCGUUUCAACAGCAGCUAAAGAAAACAAUAAUAGAGAGACUGAACAUGUUUCAAAUAUUAAUUACCCUGAGGAAGCAAGCUCUGGGUUUUUGCCUAUCACAGGCACAUUUAAUGGUGGUGCUAUUCAAUUAAAUUUUCCCUUUUAUGGGCAAUCUCCUAUUCAGAUACAUACAGUUCCGUCCAUGCCAGUAAAUACAGAUGGUAGAUACUAUAGAAAUUCAGGGGAAAGAUUUUAUUAUCCUUCCGAAGCUCGAAGAUAUUCCUAUGGAGUUUUAGGAAGUGGAAAUUUCGAAGUAAUUAGAGGUGGAGUUUUCCCCAACGAGCGACCACAAAAUAAUUACCACGGUGGUUAUCAAGAUGGGAGAACACCAUACAUUGGUAAUAACUACGGAACAACGGAAGUUAUAUUUGAUGGCCCAAUUCAAGGUUUUCAGGGAUUCGACAAUUUUAAUAUUCAAUUAAUUAACGCUUUAUCGAAACACUCAGAAUUGGCGGUGCGACCAUUAGAUCUUGUAACGUGACCUUUAUAAUCAUUUGCCAUAAGCAGAUUGAGACAAUGUGCAUUUAUCUUUCUUUCUGAUGAUUAAUUCCCUAUGUGGAAUCACUCUUAAAUGGAUCUUAACAUUCAGUCGAAUCUUCACUCAGGAACAAACAUUCAUAUGUUAUUUCGCAUAUAAUUAUUUUAAAAAUGUAUAGUGAUUCAUAAGCUCAUUAUAAAAAUUUUAAAAAAACUUUCUAA